AUGAGGGGGAGUGAACCUGGGGGAAACCUGAGCAAAAUGCCACCAGAGCUCAUCUGCCUCUUCCUGUGCACUCUGAGCGCUCCAAAUCUCUCAGGAGGAGAUGCUUUGUUGCCAGCACCUCAUAGUAUCUCCAUUCUUUCAACCAACAUGAAACACUUCUUAACUUGGAGUCCUGUGAUCGUCCAGGGAGCAACUGUGAGAUACUCAGUUGAGUUUCAAGGGGAAUACGAGCGGGAAUACGCCAACGGGAGCUGGAUCCCCAUCUCGGAGUGCUCCCUCACCACAGCCACCAUCUGCAACCUCACUGAGGACAUCUCAGCCUCUGUGGCCUACAAGCUGCGUGUCAGGGCAGAGCUCGGUGCCACCAAGUCACAGUGGGGCACCACCAAAGGCUUCUUCAACCGCGCCAUGACUUCCCUGACCCCUCCCCAGCUGAGGGCCGUGGCAGACGGGCACCAUUUGCUGGUGGAGCUGGCAGACAUGGGACCCUCCUUCCAGUUCCGGGUGCUCUACUGGAGGAAGGGCCAGGAGAGCAGGGUGCAGCAGAAGGUGCUGAAGGAGGUGAGCUCCGUGGUUCACCUGGACACCAUGGAGGCAGGAGCUGAGUACUGUGUGAAGGCUCAGACUCACGUGCAGGCCAUCAACAGGAGCAGCAGCUUCAGCCCCACGCAGUGUGUGAGGGCUCAGGGUGACACAUCCAUGUGGCUGGUUACUGCCCUCAUCUCCUCUGCUGGCUUUGCUGUGGCAGUUUUUACCCUGCCUCUCCUUAUCUGGAAAAUAAGUAAAAUCUGCCAAUAUUCCUGCUGCCCUGCUGCUGCCCUGCCAGACACACUGGAGGAAUCAGAGCCCCCCACCCAGCUGAUCCUGCGGGGCAGUGAAGAAGCUGAGCAAUGUGACUUGAUGGUGGUUGUGAUGCCCUCAGAAGAAGUUCUGCAGCUGUGGAUUCAAAAAGCUCUUUAG